AUGAACUGGGUCGGUGGCAGCCGGAGCAGAGUCGUAUUAAAGCAGGAAAGGAGGAAGCAGAAGGAAUUCUUUGAAAAAAGGAAACUUAAAUCAAAGAUGAAGCUUCUGGGAGUAUCAUCUCCUAAAAGUUCAUCAGUCAGUUUAGAUCUCCUCAAUCUAUAUGUUGUUAACCAGAUAACAACCAAAAAAGACAACACAGAAAACGUGAGGAAGCCAGUCCACAUAGAUAUCACUGAAGAUGUAAAAAUACCUGUUAGGAGGCACAACAUAGAGCUUCCCCCAUCACCACUACGUACACAACGUAUGUCAAACUUAGAUAACAUCCAGAACAGGUUACAAAAGCAAGUAUUGGAUAGCAGAAGGCAGCAUCUGUCAGAGAAAGUAAAGUAUGAACAUAAUCUAUCACAGGUAACAGAAUUAACGUAUGCUGACCCUAGCAUGGAGCAUGAAGACAACAUAGCAAGAGCUUUUAGUACCUGUCCGCUGUCCUCUUCUGGUUUUUGUUCCUCUAACUGUAGACAAUUUUCAGAAGAAACUUUCAACACAAACGCAAUGGGGAACACUUGGGAACAGUCCUAUAAAGAGAACCUGCAAAACCAGCCAGGAAAUACUUCUGAUCAAGACCCUUGGAUUACAGAACAUCCAAGCCAGUGUAUUUUCAGGAAGUCUGAUACAGUACCUCAGGAACUGUUUAAGCCAUUGCACAGGCUAGACUAUAUGAAUUCUGCCAGAAAGAAUCCAGUGAUAAUGACCAGUAAUGGAUCAGAAAACAGCGAAGGAAUAAAAGAACCAUUGUUUGAUGUUGUGAAAGAAACUGCAGAACUAAAAGCUCCCCAAGAUUGUUCCUUUCUGGCACUGUUUGAAGAUGAGACCCACACAAUCCAUAAUAAUCCUUCCACAAAGCAUUUUAAUCCUUUUGUUAACCAAAGCAGCACAAUUUUUUUCAUUGAUCCUGAUGAUAGAAAUCAAAUGCCCGAUAGAAAUUAUCCUUAUGAUACUAGAGAGGCUUAUCUUGAAAGCAAUGCAAAAAGAAGAUCUGUAGACAGACACCUUGAAAGCAUCUUUACAGCUCCAGAACAGGUUUUGCUUAAAAGUAGCAAUGCCUCAAGCGCAAGCUACGAGGAAACCAGUGGACUUCAUAAAACCUACCUACAGGACUGUCGUGGGCAACUGCACUACUUCAGACCCUCUGAAAACACAGAAAAACCUCUAAAUCUUGAAAAAAAUGAGACAUUUGCUUAUCACCAUGAUCAGAAGAUCAACUUAACGGAGAAUGUGCAGAACUACUCAAGAAAAAAAGGUGACGACGAGUCUGUGAAGGAAUCAGUCUGGAGGCAGAAACAGUUCUUUGGCUUUGAAAAGUUCACAACAGCACAAGAGAAAGAGUAUAAGGUUGGAGUGAGUUCAAAUCUUCACGAGAUGGAGAAGGUAACCUUUCUUUCCUUCUCAUUUCGUUUUUCAGAUGUGGAGUCAUCACUCAGCAGUCAGUCUCCCUGUUACUCCCCAAGGCAGACCGAGAGCUGUUCCAGCUGUAGUCCUGACAUGUCUGAAGCGGAAGACACAGUCAAAAAGAAGAAAUAUCUGAAUGGCGGGUCCUUGAAGACAGACGAUGCCAACCUAGUCCCAGCCCCAGCAAGUACGGAGCCCCCCAAGACCUCUCGCCCCAGCACAGUGCCUCUCCAGCCCAGCAGUACUUUGACUAGAGAAGAAGCAAACCACCUUCAGGAGAAAGACUCUAUUUCACGUGCCACAGAGGAGGAAAAUAAAAGCCACACGGUUCCAUCUGAGAGCAGCUCGUCACACCUCACCUUUAAAGGAGAGCGUGGCACCCGCGGCACCAGGUGUGACGUCUGGUCGCAGACUGAGCUCUCUGUCACAGAAGUAGAGAAAGUGGAUGUUGCCACCCAGUGCGGCACCAUGUUGGGGUGCAGCUGCGGGGGCUCCCUCCCUCCUGCCCCCAGCCCGGGGGGGCUGCCCCCCAACAGCAUCUCCGGCGCCGCUGGAGGGCACAAAAUGCCAGCGCAUGAGGCGCUGCAGCCCGCGGGCACCGGCAGCGCGGAGGGAGCAGCGCCCUUCCCUGACGAAGCCGAGUACCUGAGUUUGGCCGGUAAAAGGACUCUAGAGGUGCUGAACUACAUCGAUAUGAUGAAGGAGAGAGAGAAGCUGUGA